UUAGUCCUCAAACCGUUUCAGGAGGAAGACCCAUGGGGAGGCAAGGAUGUUCGUUGGAUGAUGAAAUUGGCGUUCGCGGGUACGCAUGGCUUGGCGGAAGAAGUGAGAACGAUAGAGGAGGGCCCUACCCAAGUGGAGCAGCAUGAGCAGCUGAUGGGAGGGAUGUAUCUGCUCAUGAAUACGCUUCUGCAAGGGGACUUCGACCGAAAGAGCUCCUUAAGUCCAAUGGAGGGCGAGGAUCUCGUUCCUAAGAGUCAGGACGAUGAGUUCGAAGAAGGGGAGAUUAAGGAGGCGUUUCGCCCAGAGGAGUAUGAUGGGAUCUACCUUGAGUUGGGUCUACUCCUGCCCUAUGAGAUGAGGAACAGGAAUGCAAGUGAUAAAGUGCAGAGGAUGAGGCACCUCUAUCACCCUGAUAUGGAGGUACCUAUUGUAGUUGGGCCAUCAUCUGAGUCACCGCACGUCAAGCCUCAGAGGGGCGCGCAGGCUCCAGCCAGGGAGGUCCGGGGAGUGAGGGUGAAGAAGGUGCCAGAAGGGACUGCAAAGGCAAAGUUUGCUAGGAUACAGGCUCGCCUUGCGGAGAUACAUGAGCAGAGGGACAAGAUGGAGGCUGCAGGGAUAGCGCCGACACCACCAGCUGACCCCAAGACAGGCGAGCAAAGGAUUGACGAGCUGUGGGCCAGAUAUGAGAGUCGAAGAGAGGCGGUUCGCCAGAGGUCACAAGAGGCAGGACAGGUAGAUGAAAGGGCAGAUGAGGCGAUAGAGAUUGGAGAGCUGGGAUUUUUUGCCGCCAGGAGGGUCAUCGAGCGGGUGGACAGAAGGAUACGACAAGCAACCACCACAUCCUUCCAGAGGUAUACUCUGCUCAGUGAUGAGCUGGCAAUCAGGAAGGGAGAGGUGGAAUAGCUGACUGCCCAACUCGCAGAAGAAAAGGCUGAGAACAAAGCCUGGAAGAUUCG